UAAGGUUAUAAUAUCAAAAACUAAAUAAAGAUAGGGAGAGAGAAAAAGGGGCAGACGAGUCCCCGUCUCUCUCUAUUUCUACCCGAUUCUGACAGGUCCCAAAGCGUGAGGCAAGGCACCCAAAAAGAGGAAGAAUCAUCUCUUUUUCUCUCUCUCUCUCAAUACCCUUCCCUUUCUUUCUUCCCUCUUUUCCUUUCCCUUCUUUCAAUCUUUGGAAAAAUUGGAUUUUUUUUUUGAAAAGCCGAGUGCGUUAUUGGCCGAAUCCUUCUUUCCUUACAUUCUUCUUCGCCCAUUCGUCUUUACUUUUAUGGCGGGAAGGAGGUUCGAAUUGGCGGGGAAUUAGCGGAGGAUUCUGGGAAUCCGAGAGGUGCGUGGGUUUUUUCUCUUGGUCUUGGCGAUGGGUGCGAGCGCGAAUCUGUCGGGAAAUCAGGAUGGGUCCCAUGAGGGGCCCUCUUCUUCGCAAGGCGGCGGCGGUAGCGGAGGAGGAGGGGGAGGAGCUGCUGUCGCGAACCCUAGCAACGGCAGCCCGGCGGCAGCGGGAGGGAAUUUGGGCACGGGGCAGGCGUUGAAGCAUAACCCGGGCUUGUCGAUGGAGUGGUCGAUGGAGGAGCAGACCGUCUUGGAAGAAGGGCUAAAUAAAUAUGCAUCUGAAUCAACUAUAGUUCGUUAUGCAAAAAUUGCCAUGCAACUGAAGGAAAAAACAGUCCGAGAUGUGGCCCUGCGGUGCAGAUGGAUGACUAAAAAGGAAAGUGGCAAAAGGAGGAAAGAGGAUCAUAACUUGUCAAGGAAAAGCAAAGAUAAAAAGGAAAGGGUUGCAGAUCCUUCAGCAAAACCAUCAGCUAACUUGGCAGCACGCCCUGUUGUUCCUCCAUAUGCUCCACCGAUGGUUCCUAUGGAUGAUGAUGAAGUUUCAUAUAAAGCAAUUGGUGGUCCAACAGGACAGCUCCUUGAACAUAAUGUACAGGUCUUCAAUCAAAUUUCUGCAAACCUUGCCAACUUUCAGAUACAGGAGAACAUCAGUCUUUUUUGCCAAACAUGGGACAAUAUUGUUACAAUCUUGAAAGAUUCAAGUGAUAUGCCUGAGAUAAUGAAUCAGAUGCCACCGCUUCCGGUGCAGAUAAAUGAGGAGUUGGCGAACUCUAUCCUUCCGAGGACAACCAUGCCUAUGCAAACAUGAUAUCUGAUAUGUGGAUGAUCAUUUACCUGGUUCCACAUAUCAGUUGCAGUAACAAAUAAGCUCACCAGCCUGAUUUGGUCCUUGUUCAUUUUUCCCAGUAGUAAAUUAUCAGCUUACCCCUUCCCUAUGUUUAUUGUGCCCCAGUUGAUCAUAAUAUAUAUAUAUAUAUGUUCUUUAUACAAAUCCUGUGCAGUAUGAGGUAUGUAACCCUAGAGUUGUUCUAGGCAUAUAUAUUAGGUGUUUUUGUAAGAAAUGUUCGUUGAACUGAUUGAUAGAAAUAACUUUAAUCUGUUGAUAAUUCCAUUGUUGUUGAGAAUACUACAGGGUACAUCAUCAGGAUCUAUGAUUUUCUGCAGUUAUUGGGAACAAGUUCGAGUCUGAUAAACCUCGUUUGAAUGUUUUAAGAGAUUAAGAAGUCAUAAUUUCGCAAAACCGUGCCUACGUGUGUGUGUGUGUGUGUGUUUCAUCCAUUGCUUGGCUAUUUUAAGCAUUAUCAUUAUGUUUUUUUCUUGAUCCUUUUUCUGAGUUCUUCUGGCUGGUCUUCUUACGUAUGGUACGUGUUCCUGGGAAAGUAGUUUUUAUCACUUUUCUAUUGGUGUAACCUAGACAUCUUCCCAAAAUGAUGAGAGGAAAUGAUACGCUUAACCUCGGAUCUGUUCUUUUAAUGCAGGAGAUCCACUAGAAUUUAUCAUGAUCAUCGUGAAAUCAUAUGUAAAAAUUAUUAUAUUUUUGUUCCGGGACUGUCGAUGUGAAGCUUGG